AUGACGACAAGCGAUGAAGCGGCUGCCUUUUGCCACGACCACAUCCAACAUCCUUUGAUGUGGUGUGAUGAGAAAAGACGUCUAGUGGAACGUAGAAAUGCCGAAGAAAGUUUGAGGAUGUGGAGGCGUAGAAAGGCCGAAGAAAUGGCACGUAAAGAAAAAGAAAAACAGGAAUAUUAUGAAUUAUUUGUUAAACACUGCCCUUGGGGUAGACCAGGAGGUGGUGCCCCCAACAUAGAUGUGAGACGAAAGGAUAUAACAGCAGUGGGUCUACAUUCCACCGCACCAAUUACCACUACUCAUCGUUUGACUUCAUUGCAACCAUGUCGUUUUAGUGAUUAUUUUGCUAAACACAAACGUUGCUUAGAUCCAGUAGCCGCAUAUCAUCCUCAUUAUCAUCAUCAUCACCACCAGCAGCAACACCAUUCGGUGCCUCGUGUCACCGCUCACACACAUCAUGCAGUGCAACAUAUAAGUGGUGAUAAUGCACGUCCCAUACAAGCCAGUAGCACUUUAACACUGUGUGAACGUGAUGUGGGUACAGCAGCUACUAGUAGUGGUGGCAAUGGUGGUGGAGCUACUAAUAUAGGGGCUGGAGGAGGUAUUGGUAUUAAGAGCGAUGGCAAUAAACAUGCUGAAAGUUUGCAAAUUACCUUAAAAGAUCAUCCAUCCAUGUCAUUUCGCAACAAGGGGCAUGUUGACAUAGAAGUGCGUUAUAAACCCAAUGCUGCCACAAAGGGUAAACCGAUGUUGGAAAAAAUUGUGGUUACCGAAAGUGACAAGUGUCCUUUGUUGUUGGAGCACAAGAAUGCCAAGUCGGUGGAGGCAAAAGUGAUGUCAACAAGACCAAAGAAAACAUUAGAAAAAAUUGAAAAGCCGCCGAGCAAGGAUCCUUGGGGUAAGGCAGGUCCUGGUGGUAAGCCCUGGCGUAGUCCUAAGGCAGUGGGAAGUUCGUUUAUGAAAUCCUUGGGUUGGACCAACAAACAAAUGCUUAAAGAUUUAGAUCAAGAUAAUCCUGCCACACCAGCGGAGAAACCAACAUUUCGCAAAUCACGUGCUUCCCGUAAACCCACAAGAUGUUGUGACGUGUGCACCUGUACAUGUCCGGCCAUGAUCUUAAAUACCAGCCCACUUAAACCGAUACAAAAACAAACAAAUCCCAAUGCAAUGAAAGAACAGAAACCAAAAAUAUGUCCACGUUUGUUGCGGCACAACAAAACGAUUGAUACGACCACAGACAAUAGUGCCAAUAUGAGAGGUGGCGGUGGUGGUAUUAAAACUGCGACAAUGGCUGAUAAUAAUGGCGUUGAAUUGGUGCCGUUGUUGGCACGUAGACGUGCCUUUGAACGUCCCAUUAGUUUAUCGACAACGGAUGUAACCAAACGUACAGCAUCAAAUGAUAGACUCCACACAGCGGCAGCAGCAGCUGAUGUUGCAACCACUGAUAUGCGUUACUUGCAUGACCUCAAUUGUCAAGUUGCACAAAAAAGACGUUCGAUUAGCGUGGCUCAACAGCUCGACAGGGAUGAGUGUAAUCAACAUUUCAUGGUCUUUGAUACAUUUUGGGGUCGUCCCGGCCAUGGGGCGCCACCAGUGCUAACAAAUAGAAAAUUAAAAUUGGACAAUUUGCUUUAUGGCACUCCCGGUUGUAACUCCGAAUAAAGCAAAAUUUAGUGCAAUGCUAGAGAAGAAAAAAAAAGAACAAAGAGUGAAGUAAUG